GCUCUGUGUGUGCAGCUUUCUAAGUGCAGCAGUGACGGGUUUGUAAUUUGAGAGCAGGAGCAGGGGGAUCAUUAGUCUGAACUGAGUGCUGUCUCAAAGAACCAGAUGUGCAGACACUCCGAGGGAGCAAGCCCACGCUGGUGGAUCGUCUCAUCUCAUCUCUGAUGCGGUCUCACUGGAGUGUGUAGACACCAAGUAUUAAGGAGCUGUGUUAACGGGGAGAACACUACAGAUACAGACAGAGCUACAGACAGCAGGGUUUCUGUGACAGACUGUUCGCGGUAUUUAUGACUGUCAGGAUGUUUCUCAUGCAGGAGAAAAAUCAGGCUGUAAUCCAUCCCUGACGGAAAUAUUUACAGGUUUUUUUUUUUUUGUUUGUUUGUUUCUGGAUGAAGAAACUGAAUAAUGAUGCUGUCUCUUGAGCUCCUCGCGGCACUUUGUCUGGUUUAUCUCCGCCUCGGAGCGGCGUACAUGGGUCCUCUGUACCCGGAGAUGUCCAACGGUACCUUCCAUCACUACUUCGUCCCGGACGGUUACUACGAGGAAAACGACGACCCCGAGCAAUGCCAAAUGCUCUUCCGGGUGAAGGAUGAGACGCGGUGCGUGGCCGAGGAGGACAGCGACGCGGUGAUCCGCGACGACUUCACCAUCCUCAAGCGUCACGUGGAGGACGCGGCGCGCGUCCUCGAAGCCAUCGGCCGCAGCGUGGCGCUCGACCUCGACGGCGAGGAGAGCUACGGCGAGUUCCUGCGGCGCGAGAGCGUGCAGGUCGGCGAGGCGUUCGCCAGCUCCGAGAAGUCGCUGCUCGAGCUCGAGGUGAAGUUCAAGCAGAGCCAGGAGCUGGAGAUGCGCGAGGAGCACCGCGUCAGCGACGACUUCCUCGCCAUGGUGGCGCACGCGCGCGACUCCAUGCGCGACACGCUGGACGUCGCGCUCGCGCUCAAGGACAAGCACGAGCUGCUGUCGCUCAUCAUCCGCAGCCACGGCACGCGCCUCAGCCGCCUCAAAAACGAGUACAUGAAGGUGUAAACGCGCCCGCGCGCGCGCCCGCCGGGGAAAUAGAAGCAAAGUCCAUAUUAUUUGGGCAUUUCUUUUUUAUUUUGGCUAACACAAUGCAGCUAUUUUGUGCAAUAACUAAGAAAGCAGUUUCAUUAGAAUAUAGAUGAGCUGCAACAGACUGGGCGGGAUUCAACCAAAUUCCUUCUUGUCUAUCUAUUAAAACGAACAUAUGAUACUCAGGCAUUGUGACAAUAAAUAAAACCAGGGUUUGAAUACCUGUUCCAUCAUUUUGAUGAUGUCCAGGUAUUCAUCAUACAUCAAUAAUAAUAAUAAUAAUAAUAAUAAUAAUAAUAAUAAUGUUUUUUGUUGUUGUUUAUAGUAUUACCAAAUCAUUACUUGAACGUGCAUAUUCUGCAAAAAAACAACAAAAAAAACAACAACAACAAAUGGCCACAGAUUAAUUUUCUUAUUUUAUUGCACAUCUUAUCUAAAAUUUAUAUUCAUAUUUAGUUCCUCAAUUUACCCAGAUAAAUCCCCAUUGUUGAAUUCUAACCAACAGUGUUCACUCACCCAUGAAGCUGGAUAGAACCCAGUGGGUGAUAAUUUGGCAUUGAGGGACUUUUCUGUGUUUUUGCAACAGUUAAACAUGCUGACUAACCUCCUGAAAUACACACUGCUUAAGUAUAUUAUGUAAAAUAGCGUUUAUUUUAUUCAAAGGAGGAGAGAAUAUAUUUGUAAAAGCUUUUUUUUAAUGGGAAACUUUUUGAUGUUAAUAUGAGCUUUUAAAAUGUUAUACUGUGAGUGUCUAUAUUUUUCAUGUGAUAAACUGGCUAUUUUGUAAGGUAUUCAUGUAAUUUUCAACAUGAAUAUAUUUGUGCAAUUAUGCAUUGAUAGGAAAAAAGACAAGACUGAAAUGAAUUAAUCUAUGACCAACCAAGAUAACUGCGGGCAGGAAUAUUGGAUUUCAAAGCUUCUACCAUGUGUAGUUGCAUUCCUGAAAGGCUGUUUAUUCCACGUUGUAAUAAAAAAAAAACUUUACAGAGG